CACAGUCCACAGAAGAGGAUUAAAAAACAAAUCCGAAAUACUGAAAAACUAAAGAAUCCUCAUAGUAGAACGCCUCGAGUAUUUAACUCUAUACCCUUUUUUUUUUUUGCCAACCAAUUUUGGCCCAAGUGAUUGGUGUGUUUGUUUGCCAAAAAAAAAAGAGUAGUGCCAUGUUCCAGGACAAAGGAUGGAUCCUGGUGACCCUGGUCACCUUGGUGACUCCCUCGUGGGCUGCCUACAAGCUGCAGGAACGCUACAACUGGAACCAACUGGACUUUGCCUUCCCCAAUGCCCGACUAAAGGAGCAGGCCCUUGCCAGCGGCGAUUAUAUCCCCCAGAACGGACUUCCAGUGGGAGUGGAGCACUACGGGAAUCGGUUGUUCGUGACCGUUCCGCGCUGGCGAGAUGGAAUUCCGGCCACCCUGACGUACAUUAAUAUGGACCGCAGUCUGACGGGUUCGCCGGAACUGAUUCCGUAUCCGGAUUGGCGUGCGAAUACGGCGGGAGACUGCGCCAAUAGCAUAACCACCGCCUAUCGCAUCAAAGUGGAUGAGUGCGGUCGUUUGUGGGUUUUGGAUACCGGAACCGUGGGCAUUGGCAACACCACUAGGAACCCGUGUCCGUAUGCCGUGAACGUGUUUGACUUGGCCACGGAUACGAGGAUUCGGAGAUACGAGCUUCCCAGUGUGGACACCAAUCCGAAUACGUUUAUUGCCAAUAUUGCCGUGGACAUUGGCAAGAACUGCGACGAUGCCUUCGCCUACUUUGCCGACGAAUUGGGUUACGGCUUGAUUACCUACUCCUGGGAGCAGAACAAGUCCUGGAGGUUCUCCGCCCACUCCUACUUCUUCCCGGAUCCGUUGAGGGGAGACUUCAACGUGGCCGGCAUUAACUUCCAGUGGGGCGAGGAGGGUAUCUUUGGUAUGUCGAUUUCGCCCAUUCGGUCGGAUGGCUAUCGCACCCUGUACUUUAGUCCCUUGGCCAGUCAUCGCCAGUUUGCGGUCUCCACACGGAUUUUAAGAGAUGAAACCAGGACCGAGGAUAGUUAUCAUGACUUUGUGGCCCUGGAUGAGCGAGGUCCCAAUGGUCAUACCACUUCGCGUGUGAUGAGCGACGAUGGCGUCGAGUUGUUCAACUUGAUAGAUCAGAACGCCGUUGGAUGCUGGCACUCAUCGAUGCCCUAUUCACCCCAGUUCCAUGGCAUUGUAGAUCGCGAUGAUGUGGGCCUGGUGUUCCCAGCCGAUGUGAAGAUUGACGAAAACAAAAACGUCUGGGUUUUGUCGGACAGGAUGCCCGUUUUCCUGCUCUCCGACUUGGAUUAUGCCGACAUUAACUUCAGAAUUUACACCGCUCCUUUAGCUUCCUUGAUCGAGAACACCGUUUGCGAUUUAAGGAACAACGCCUAUGGACCACCCAACACGGUUUCCAUACCCAAGCAGCCCGCCCUGCCGAUCGGUCCUCCCUUGUAUAAUAAACAAUACCGUCCUGCCUUGCCGCAGAAACCCCAGACCAACUGGGUGUCUUCGCCGCCGCCCCCGAGUCGCACUUACUUGCCCGCCAGCCAAGGCAACGUGGUCUCCAGCAUCAGUGUUUCUUCCAAUGCGGUGGGUCCCGCCGGCGUGGAGGUUCCGAAGGCCUACAUUUUCAACCAGCACAACGGCAUCAACUACGAGACCAGCGGUCCACAUCUCUUCCCCAACCACCAGUCCGUUCAGGCCGGUGGACAGGAUGGCCUGAAAACCUACGUGAACGCCCGCCAAUCUGGAUGGUGGCACCACCAGCAUCAGGGCUAAUGGAGACGCAUAUUGGUGCACGGGUAUCUUCUCACUCACUCGCUUGUUGUAUAGGUUAUUUAAAGACAAAUGCACUCAUACAGAUCGAACCAUACAUAAUCCCAGGGCAACAGCGGAUAUUUGAUAAAACUCACACGAUGAAAUUCACCUAGUUCUGUAUUUAAGCAAGAAAUAAAACUAUUUUUUUAAACAUA